GGGACACACUCACUCUGAGCGCCUCAUACCUAACCCGCAUCUGCUCCGUGAAGUCCACCUCGACGACGAUGGCGGCCAUUGCACUCCAGCAAUCUCGCAUGUUAUGGCCUAGCCUCCGGGUGCCAUUCUCUCGCCCCCUAUUGUCUGCAGCUGCAUUGCUUCCCGCUUUCCUUCCGCGAUCAUUCGAAUGGAGACUGCCAAGCUUAGCUUCGGUGCUCGAGCUGUUUCCUCCGUUCCUGCUGGCCGUACCCAAAAAGAAGACGUCGCAUUCGCGGAAAGCAAUGCGGAGCGCCAACAAGGGGUUGCAUGACAAGCGGAAUCUCGUCCACUGUCCAGGUUGUGGCUCGCCAAAAUUGGCACACAACCUCUGCCCGGAGUGCUAUUCUACCAUCAACCGGGCGUGGAAGGCAAAGUCGAAGCAAGGAGGUGGCUCGGGCGAUGAUAUCCCUACAAUAGGCACGCAUGAUUGAGGGCCCUUGUUGACCUGCUAGGGCAGCCAGUCGCCUGUCUCGACAAACUGGCGCAGUCAUGCAUGAAGGGGUUUUCUGCAUUGCGCGAGGAUCAUACGCAUACUCCAUCCACCAUGCGUCGUAGGUCGUUAUGCAUGUCCGCCGUAGUUGUUAGCUCUGGCGCUUGGUCUUGUCUGCUUCGGGGUACAGUAGAGUACACUCAUGAUGGAUCGCUGGUAGCAGUAUUGCACUCAAGUGGCA